AGCAGCACACAACAGACACAGAGAGAGAGAAACAGAAGUUAAUCUCAGAACAGACCAGAGACUCUCAGCAGAAACCAAGAUGAAGACGCCUCAGCUUCUGAUCCUGAUUUUGACUAUUUUGGUGCAUGCGGCGGGAGCUUUCCCCUCGGAGAGGAGGAGCAGGGAGAAAACCGCCUCCUGGGACGACGUGAACGUGGUGGCCCACGGCCUCCUGCAGCUGGGCCAGGGUCUGAAGGAGCACGUUGACAAGAGCAAAGCCCAGAUGAGGGACGUCGGCGACAAACUGAAGGCUUUCAACAGCACGUUGGCCGAGCUGCAGAGGAAGCAGCGGGAGCAGGAUGAAGCCCUGAAGGCCAAAGGCAAGGAGGUGGAUGAGAGGGAGAGGCUGGUGGCCGAGCUGGUCGAGGGGGUGAACGAGGAGGUGGAGGAGGUGAAGAAGCAGACGGAGGACAUCCACUCCAGGAUGGACAGACUGGAGGAGGUGCUCACUGAGUCGACGCUGGACAGCAACGACAGCGAGCACACGGGGAGCCCGUUCAUCCAGAAGGUGGUGGCAGCUCAGAACAGACGCAUCGACCAACUGGUGGAGAAAAUCAAGCAGCAACAAGACAAACUGGAGAAACAGAGUCUGCACCUAAAAGCACUUCAGAGCAAGGUCGGGCACAAGAGAGUCAAAUCCCACAGACGCAGGGACGAGGAGACGGCGCUAAGAGGCGAAGCCGAGCUGAUCUACUUCGAAUCAGGUUUGGCCAAAGACUGUCACGAUCUGUUUGCACGAGGGCAGAGAGCCAGCGGCGUCUACACGAUCCAGCCCGAGAACUCUGAGCCCUUCAACGUCCUCUGUGAAAUUACUUCAGAAGGAGGAUGGACUGUCAUCCAGAAACGUCAAGAUGGAUCCCAAAAUUUCAACCAGCUUUGGGAGAGCUACAAGAGAGGCUUCGGCAGCCUGAACGGGGAAUUUUGGUUGGGCUUGAGCAACAUCCACUCGCUUUCCAAGCAAGGCCAGUACGUCCUGCAGGUGGAGCUCUCCGAUGAGAGGGGGCAGCAGCAGGCGGCUCGUUACCGCUUCCACCUGGACGGAGAGGAGAAGAAGUUCGCCCUGCACCUCGAGCAGGAGUCUGCAGUUCAGGACGACGUCAUGACCACCGGAGCGUCCGGUCUUCCCUUCUCCACGGCCGACCAAGACAACGACCUCGCAGAAGACGUCAACUGCGCCGAGCUGCUCUCAGGUGGUUGGUGGUUCAGCAGCUGUGGUGAGUCGAACCUCAACGGGAAGUAUCCCAGAAGGCCGAGCACGCUUAGGAGACAGCAGUCCAGGAGGCAGGCCAUGUUUUCAUCCAUCACCAAGGGACAGAGAAACUCCCUGAGGACAACUCUUCUGAAGAUCGCACCGGCUCCCACGCAACAAUGAGCCCGUCUCACGAAGAAUGAGACCAAAGACAAUUAAAACCAGUGUCUUUCACUUAAAUACCAAAACCACUAAAGGACUGAAGACACGGCGAGUUCUUUUCAAUGCACUGGAUGAUCAGAUGUUUCUAUGCUAUGCUAUACGGUAACCUAUUGUCUCUUAGGGACAUGUUCAGUCAUAUUGACAGUCACAUUAUUCCCUUCGUAAGGGCUUUGCUCGUUUUCCUAAAUGUACUGUAUUUGUUUGAAUCACCAUGUAGUUUCUUACUUAAAAACAUUUCUACACGACUUUAAACAUAUUUGUUUUUAUUUUGUUACAUGUGGAGUGUAUAGAAAUAAACUUUUUAAAGGUGAAAUCGA